AACACAGAGCCAGACAUAACUCUUCAUUGUUGAAGUUCAUUGGUGUAUAAAGCCGGCAUACAGAAUUGUACACGGCCACAAACGAUUCUAGAAUGACUAAGAGUUAUCCCACACGGAUUUGCUGCACUGUACUGUACAUGUACAUACUUUUUCAGAUAGUCCUACUGCAAAAUUUAUCCGAAUUGUUGGAAUCGGAAUUCAGCAGUUCUUUCACCAAAAACAUGAAAAUGGACCAAGUCUACUUGCUGUGUUCCUGGUGGUUAUGUAGCGGACUCUGGAUGGUUGUUAGUUCAGAACCUGCAGUGAUUGCGCGGAUCGUAACACCGGAGAGAGAUCAGAAGAUUGGUGGACGGUUUGGGAUGAUUUGUGUUGCUUCAAACCUGGAAGAAGAUCACAUCGUAGAGUUGAGGACUGAGGAUAACACACUGAGAUGGGGUAACGCUACUGUUGGAGGAAAUGAUCCACGAUUUAUGUUCGAUACAAAGCAGACAGGGAUAAGGGAAAUUACUCAAGAAUUCAACAUCACUGAUUUACAAAGGAGUGACGAUAAUGAAUAUAUCUGUCAUGUCAGAGAACCUUUACUGAGGGGAGGAACUGUAAGUGUGGCCAACUCUACCAUCAGACUGAGAGUGUACUCGUCCAGUGAGUCCUUCCCUAUCUGCUCCCCUGAUGGACCCAUUACAGUAGACGAAGGAGCACAGCUAUAUAUGUCAUGUGCAUCCGACGCUGGGAACCCCUCAAUCAUGAUUUCUCCAUUUUCCUCAUCACAAACGUGGUCAACAGAAAUAAUCAAUGGCAAAUCAUUCAGGUCAUUAAAUUUAACAAUUAAUACUUCCAAUGACAAUUUAACUUUCCAAUGCACUAUUUCAUCUGUGAUGAACAAUUCCCUGACGCAUUCUUGUUUCCUUGGGCCAAUUCAAGUACUCGGGGAGACUGAUUCUACGAUACAACAAAUUAGUGGCUUAACGACAGAAGCAAACCCAGCUGCAUCCAUCACGGCCCUGGCUGUAGGUGCAUCAGUAGGUGGAGCAGCUGCACUUGUUAUCAUCUUGAUUCUGGUUCUGAUUUGUUGCAAGCGUGGUUAUUGCGCAUCUCUAAAAUCCAACACCUCUUCCAAAGCAAGCACAGAGCUGAACUCUAACCCAAUCAUUAGCGCACACACGAUCAGUCAGUCACGCGUCUACGAAAACGCAGCACUUGACUAUCAAGAUGAUACCCAGGAUUAUGAGCAAGAAACCUGCCGCAAACCGAGCCAGGCUAGGAUAAAUGUAAGACCAGAACCAGAGGCAGGCGUCCUUUAUGCUCGCCCAUCACCGUCAGCCAAGCAAACUCCAACCGAAUACACCCCACCUGUGUAUGCAAAACCAAACAAGCCACAAGCACCUGUGGACGCAGCGAAUGACCAAUACGACGAACAGAGAUACAACAAUCCUGUAUUUGAUUCUGCGGAUCCUGACAGUUCCACCGCGCCGUUGGGAGAAGGAACCUCCGCGGCUCUCAAACCAACUGCCAUGACACCACCUUUCACGAAAGUUCCUAUGAAACCCCAGCCCUACAAGCCUAAGGACCAGCGUGCAAGUGAUCCCCGUUACGGCAUAGCUUACCAUCAGGGUAGAGGGGAGUCAACUCGACCCAAAUCGACCCCAUCCCUCCCAUCAACCGAUGCCCAUAUCCUUACUGCCAGUGAGAACCCCUGUGCUGAGCCCUCAUCGCCCGAUGGAAUGACAAUGUACACUGAGGUCUCAGUUCCACAGAUCAAGACCAGCACCGAUCGUGACACGCCGUCACUACCAGAUCACCUUGUCUAUGCUGACUUGAACUUAGAACCAGACUCAUCUAAAGAUGUCGGUCAGCCAGUAAUCUCAGAGGAGCCCGUGGCUGUGUACGCAAGAGUUAUGAAAAAUCGCCCCAACUCUGAGGAGACGAUGUGACUAUAAACUGAUUAUAUUUGUUUCAUUGUAGAAGAUUAUACAUGUACACCGUGUAAUUACUUCUUCAUACUUCAUUCUCAACGUACGAUAAAGCCACGGUUUCAACUUUCAGGAAAACUCUUCCAAUCGACACAGUUGUGAUUCGACAAAACACCGUUGAGGCUUGUAAAUCCUGCUAUUCAUUUGGAUAGCGAGGUUAUCAAUCUCUACAUUUUUAUGGCAACGGUCAUUACGAUCGUCUGUACAUGAACUUAAAGAGUUUCGCCUUUGCUCAAAUGUUCUUAUUUAGCGUGUACAUUGCCCACUUUACUUACCGUUAAGCUUAAGAUCUUCAUUGGUUUAUGAAUGUACAUGUAUACAGAAACUACGCUGAAUGCGUACAUGAGCUGAAUCGGUUUGGAUAAAGUGUUUUUGAUACGCGGUAUGUUUCUUUACAUGAGUCUAUAAUAUUAAGCCUGGAUUUUACAUUCGUACUUUCUCAAUAAGUCAAUUAAAGUAACAAAUAGACGUUAGACGUUAAUAAAGGUUGUAAGUUAUGGCACACCGGGCUAGACAUGUAGGCAAAAAACUGAAUAAGAAUAAGUCAGGUGUAUUUUUAUCUAUAAUUGGAAGAUUUCAACCAACUACCUUUACUCAGAAAUAUGAGAGACAUAUAUGCCAUGCACUAACUGAAGUUAAAUAAUAAAGGAAAAGCGGAGCCUAUGGUGAUCAAUCUGCUACCACUUUAUAGUGAUGGAAGGUGGAGGUUUAUGUGAAUAUUUCUACUCAGUCGCUAAUAAAAUAAUGCAACAUUUGAUAAAACAGCAGCUAUAACUGUAUACACCAAAGCCCUGGCUAUGGGAGAAAAAUAAAAUAUGUGGUCACCAAUAUGAAAAGCCACAUCAGCAUAAUCACUAAGAAGAUUGGAAUACAGGCAAAUUAGGCACACGGGUGAAUUUCACGCAAAACAGGUUUCAGUUUCAGGCACGCAGACAAAAAGCAAGCAACUGACUAGACAGCGUGAGACAUAGUGAAAACCAUGUAUGUUCUAUUACUACUGCAGAACCCACGAAAUAUACACAGAAUAUGAAAGUGGGAUUGCAGUUGUGCUGCAAGAUUCCAACUGAUAAGAAAAGUACUGGGCCAGAUAGUCAUCAGGCUACUUAACAUUUAAUCUGCAAGAUUUCAAGAGGUUUUGGGGCACGUCCGUAGCGUACGUUAAAUUUCAAAGAUGUAAUACGCACAGGAUGAUGGGAUUCCAUUUGUUAGGCAAGAUUCAUAAUUAUUUGUAGGUUCUGAUCAUGGCUGACCCUGGUUAGAAUAAGAAUUCGAUGAAUGAA